AUGGUUGUGGUAGGAUUGAGGGUUUGUGACGGUGGUGGUGGUGGUAUGAUUUUGACGGUGACAGUGGUGGGGUUAAGGGUUUGUAAUGGUAAGAAAGGGAGAAAGAAUGUGCAAACUAGACUCUGGUCAGGUCAUUGUAAAUACGGUACAAAUCUUACAAAGCAGUUAACAAACUAUUUGCGUGGCGUUCUUGAUAGCUGUGGAAGUGUAAGAAUUUAUUUCUCAAGGAGGACUCCAGAUAAGGUUGCUAAUUUCGUGCGGAAAGAACUUGGAGACCAUCCAAAAAUCUAUGUAUAUGAUGGUGAAGAACCAAAUCCUCACAUUGGACAUCUAGCUUGGGCAGAUGCUUUCAUUGUCACAACCGAUUCAAUCAGCAUGUUGAGUGAAGCCUGCAGCACUGGGUCCACAAUAAGUGGUAACGAGAACAGAGGAAAAUUUCCGAUGACCACAACACCACAAUUGAUUUCUUGCCAUUUUCCGGCUCAAAACGCAGGAACCUCUACUAUCAUCUUAGAAAGUAUUUGGUGUAAAUGAGCCCUUUCUACCACUUCAAGGACCUUUACUUCUUAACUUGACUUGAGUUCAAGUUAUCCGACUAAGUUUGGAAAGUAUUUGACUAAGUAUCUGAUGAAGAAGCGGAUGAUGACACGGAUAUGACAUACAUUUAUUACAUUUUAUAUGCUAGGUAGUUUUAUGACGUGUUUGUGAAUUGUGACUUAAAACGAACCCGGAUUGUGACGUUUAUGCUUAUGUUUUUUUUUGAAAGGCAACCAUUUAUGCUUA